CGAGGCUCAGGCCGAAUCCUCCGAAUGCCCGCGUCACCUCGUCACGCUACUCUCAGUCAGUCUCGCAAUGGCGUUAGUCAGAGUCGGUCGUGUGUUCGUUUAGUUUUAACAAUAACCCGAGCGGACACCGGCCCAAAAUAUUGGCCUGUCUAAACUUGCUCGAAUUACUACGGAAAUAAAUCCUGUAAUUCAACAAGAAUUAAAGCGAUAUUCGCCGCCACGGACAGUCAAAUUUUGGUACGAUAUCCACUCAGGACGUUUCAUUUCAAGAUCAUGUUCAUCACAUCAUAGUUCCUCUUCGUUUUAAGUGUUUGUUUGUGCGUGUUUUGUGAACGUUUCGUUUAGUGUAUCGUGACAGUGAACAGUGUUGUGUGUUGUGAUGGAUCCGGGAUCGCCUUCGUUGCUGUGGCCAUUGCGCUUGAGCAAGCCUGCGGUGACCGUGCCGGUUACUUCGGGUGAGCACAGCAAAACUGAGGAGAGGGCGCAGUCCCCGAGCUUGGUGGAGCGGUUAUCGGCGGCGCCUUCGCCCUCGAGUCCCGCUCCCAGCAGCCCUGCCCCGCUCCAACAUCAGUUCCAAGCGGCCCUAGUGGCCGAGAAAUAUCUCUUGUUGGAACAAGUGGAGGGCUCCUCGCUUUGUCGAUGUGUGGACGUGCGCACACAAGAGGAAUAUGUUUGUAAAGUGGUGUCCCGCGAUUGCAGUAGUUUGCUGCAAGCGCACUACCGGCUGGACGGACAUCCGCACGUCAACCCCAUACAUGAGGUCCUAGUCGGUGACAAGAGGGUGUACCUCAUCUUCCCAAGAUCUCACUCAGACCUCCACUCGUAUGUGCGCGCGCGGAAGAGGCUACGAGAACACGAGGCACGCAGACUCUUCAGACAAAUGGCAGAAACAGUAGCUGCUUGCCAUGAACAAGGAAUCGUACUAAGAGAUCUCAAGCUCAGAAAGUUCGUGUUCGCAGAUCCCCAAAGAACAACGUUAAAGCUGGAAUCUUUAGAAGACGCGGUGGUACUGGAUGACCCUGAGGAGGACCUUCUGCAGGACAAGAGGGGCUGCCCUGCGUAUGUCUCCCCUGAGAUUCUACGCGCUCACACAACAUACUCCGGCCGUGCUGCCGACAUGUGGUCCCUAGGCGUCAUACUAUACACCAUGCUCGUUGGAAGAUAUCCGUUCAACGAUUCGGAGCACGCGUCUUUAUUUGCGAAGAUCUCCCGCGGGUACUUCGUGGUGCCGGAGUGCUUGUCGUCACGCGGCAAGUGCCUGAUCCGAUCGCUGCUGCGGCGCGAGGCGUGCGAGCGGCUGAGCGCGCGCGACGUGCUGCGCCAUCCUUGGCUUGCACGGGACCCGCGCAACGAGCUGCCGCCGCGCGCCGCCGCCUGCCUAGACCGCCUCGUGCCAGACCUCGACCUUAGUCUCGCGGACUGCGUCUAACGGCGCCUUCAACUUCCCCUUCCCAUCACAUCGCUUCGCAUUCAGCGGAUUCCGUCAACUAUUCAUCAAACGCAGACGAUUGUAGCUGUCGAUUUCGUCAGUUUAUGAUACAAAUGAACGUUCGACAAGAGUUGCAAAUAAUGUAAACGAUCGUCUGUUGAUAUAUUUAUAUAUGUAUAACGUAUGAUCCGGCCUAUGUUUGGGCGAUGCGGCGGCUGCGGCAGGCGCAGUCUCCGCGGAGAUGUAACUCUAGUGAUAAGAGGUAGAGAUGCGGCUGCGGCUGGUCCGCGCCUGCACACACUUAUUUAUGCAGUAGGAGCUCGAACGUUAGGACCGCAUAUAACAAAUGCGGCGGACAGUUCCAGCUUUUGCUAUCUGUGGUAAGGUAAUGACAGAAAAGUGAGACUGAUAUCGCGUACUUGUGAUCUUGGAUGUUGUGCGAGAUCCAUGUUGUGAGCGGCACCCGCGCUUACUAUGCAAAUGAUUCCUGUUAAGCCUAACUUAAUCAUAUCAAUUUCACACCAAUAUAGAUGGAUAUAUUGCAUUGAAGUUGUUUCAAAAAACUUUAGGUAAUUGCCUAGGUAUGUAUAUUUUGUAUUUAUAUUUAAAAGAAGUUAAAGUUAUAUCGUGUAAUUGUGAUCUCCACCGAUGUUAUUUAGCGUUACGAUUGCCAUUGUGUUGUUGCGCUGACGAGACGCGCUGCGCUGCGACAGGACAGGAUCAGUUGCUUCCAUACUAUAGAAUAUAUUUUCAUUAUAUUAUUUGUUUUAUUGUUUGUGAUCAUUCGGCAUAUGAUAUACAUUCGAAAUUAAUUUUUGUUAUUAUAUUAUAAAGCACAAAUAAAAUUGGUUCGUUUAUUCGCAUCACCACGUACCGAAUACGGUGUAGAAUUUGGUCAGUGCCAUGUAUUUAAUUUAAAACUAAUUUAUUGUUGUUAUAUUGUAUCUGAGCGGGCACCUCCUUUUCGCUAAAUCAAUGUCUCAUUUGGUACUUGGUGUUGAGUUUUAAUUUUUUAAAUCAUUUUUUUUUUAUUUUUUAAAUCAUAAAAAUUAUGAAAAUCAACAAUUGUUAAAAUAUGAGAGACAUAUCCCGCGUGUUUUGUUGUAUAGUUAAAUCGAGAAAUCAUUUUUUUUUGUAAUUUUUAUUUUUUAUUUAUAAAUCUGUGAAUUUUGUAUCGUCACUAUCGUGAUUCGAUAGAGUGGCGUUGCUGUAAGUAGUCAGUCAUUCACGCGGCUGAAAGUGAUUUGUACAAUACUAGUGUACUGUAAAUUAUAAAGUACUUUAAUUUAUGCAAACUGUACAUAGAGCUAAGAUAUUUUAAGAUUAUCAGAAAAAAAGAAAGAGUAAUAGAGGGAAUAAAUAAUUUAGAAAAAAUA